GUGUGACGCUUGAAAUCAAGUAGUGUAUGUCCAGUAAUAUUUUCGUGUCUGCGAUGACACCUAGUAUUGGUCUUAAUUUGCGUGUUACUGGUCAUUGUAAUCAAGGUGGGCGAAAGUAUAUGGAAGAUGCUUUUGUUGUUGCAUAUCAGCAAAGUGAAGAUCAGAAAGAUUUAGAGUAUGCUUAUUUUGGUAUUUUUGAUGGUCACGGCGGUAGAGAGGCCGCCCUAUUUGCUAAGGAACAUUUAAUGAAUAAUAUUGUUUGUCAAAAGUCUUUUUGGAGUGAUGAUGACAAUCAAGUGCUCAAAGCAAUCAGAUAUGGUUUUCUAGCUACGCAUCAUGCUAUGUGGAGAGAAGUUGGUAAAUGGCCCAAAACUGUGAGUGGAUUACCUAGUACAUCAGGUACAACUUCUAGCAUAGCAUUUAUUCGUAGACGGAAAUUAUAUAUUGGUCAUGUUGGCGAUUCAAAAAUUGUUUUGGGAUUUCAGAUACCUGGAUCAAGUGAAUGGCGUGCAUUUGCUCUUACUAAAGACCAUAAACCCGAGACACCUGAGGAAAAGAAACGAAUUAAUAGUGUUGGUGGACUUGUGAUGAAUAAAGCUGGAGUGGAAAGAGUUGUAUGGAAUCGUCCUCGGCCUGGUCAUAAAGGCCCCAUUCGUAGAAGUACCCCAUUUGAUCAAAUUCCUUUUUUGGCUGUAGCAAGAUCAUUAGGUGAUUUGUGGAGCUAUAAUUAUGUGAAAGAUGAAUUUAUUGUUAGUCCAGAACCUGAUGUGAAAGUGAUUAGUAUUAAUCCUAACAUGCAUCGAUGUGUUAUAUUUGCUUCUGAUGGUUUAUGGAAUAUGCUAUCAACUCAGUGUGCUGUAAAAAUUGUGCAGGCUGCUGAAGAAGAAAAUGAAAAACUAAUUCUUGAAGGCGGUAAAGCCAAUGGAACAGGCAAGCAACCCAAUAAUCCUUCCAAGCUGUUAGUAGAUGCUGCAUUAAAACAUUGGCUUGAAUUAGGAAUGAGGGCAGAUAAUACCAGUGUCGUUACUGUUAUGUUAGAUCCUCCUGGGCCACCUAAAAGUGAAGUCCUUCUUCGUCAAAGAGUGAUGAAAAGAUUGAGACCAAGAGAUGAUCAGCCUGAAGAAGGUGUUGAAGCAAAAAAUUCAAAUUUAGAUACACCUACUACUCCUAUUAUUAAAGAAAAAAGAAAACCUAUUGAAGGCAAUGAAUCUCAGUUAAACAGAGAGCGUAAGCGUUCAUCUGAUUCUGCCGUUGAAAUGGUCAAUAAAGAAAGAAAAUUGUCUUCUGAUCAUGAAGAAUCUGUUCCAAAAAAUCUUCCUAAACCAGUCAUUUUGUCUCCACAACGAGUAGUCAAACAGUCAUCACCAGUCAAGCCAGUUCUUAGGGAUGAAAUUAUAAAAUCUCCUGAAAAUGUAAGUUCCCCAACUGUUCCUAUUUCACUGAUGAGGUCAAAGAAGAAAAUCCAUGACCCACCUAACUGGGGAGGGAGUAGUAGUACAAUGACUGCUAAAGAAAGUGAAAAUGAAAAUAGGGAAGAGUCAAUAAAUAAGCCAAUUGCAACAACAGAGAAACCUAUAUUAAUUGAGGGUGCAAGUGAGACUCCUAUGCUGAAUGAAAGUGGACAAGAGAAACUUGUUCCUAAUGUUUCACCAGUUAAAACCGAUUCAUGUGUUUCAAAACCAGAGAAAGAUGAUACCUCACUUCCGAAGAGUGCUAAUUACCCAAUUAGCAAAGAAAAUGGUAGGGUUCAUUUAUGUGAAGUGGACAAUAUUUUUAAAUUGAAUGAAAGAACUACAGAAUGUUUUGAGAACUCUGACAGCUCAAAACAGAGUGAAAUUUCUCCUAAAAGGAAGACAGUUCCUUCCACAGUGAAAAAUUUUCGAAAAAGUACUAUAACGCGUAGAAAUUCUUCAUUCCCUGCUGUUAAAAGGCCUCGCGUGCACCAGAGAAAUUUUUCCUCUUGUCGGACAAAUACUCCUCGAAAGGGUUUUGCUCAUAACACUAGAGCUCAAAGUGGCAUUCGAAAAUUGAAAGUGUGAAGGGUACAGGAUUCCCAUCUAUAUCUAGCAACAUAUUCUACUACUAUUAUCAUAAUCAUGUGAAUGUGUUCUAUUUAAGAUCAGGAAUAACUUUUUGAAAUGUAAUUGCUAUAUUUAACUGUAAUCUAGUAGGAGUCUUCUCAUUUUCAUUUGCUAAGAAGUGAUGAUGCAAGGACUACAAUAGAAACUUUACAAUCCGGCAACUUGAAUGAAGCCUUUGUUGAUUAUUUUGAUGCUUUCCCAUCCAAAUCUUAAACGAAUGUUAACCUCAAAUUGCUAUUGCAUGAUUUGAUGGAAAUUGUUUUUAAAUAUAUAGUUGGAAAUAGCAAUUGGUAUUUCAAAUUAGUGUUGGUAUAUUUAUAUUAUUUGAAUUUUAAUGAAAUAUUUAUUUUAAUUAUUAUGUUGUUGAUUGGCAUUUAUUUAAUCUAUAUGUGACAGCAUUAUAAAUUUAUUUAUUACUAUUAAUGUAGUUAUUUAAUUGAUAUUGUUUAUAUGAUGAUUUGCUGUUAUAAGAAUAAUUUAUAAUCAAUGCAUUUUCAAAAAAGAUACGUACAAGUUACAUAUUAAUAAAUAUAUAUGAAUCUGGUUAUUUGGUAAUCAGAAAAUCCAUAUCCCGGUUUCAAUUGCAUAAUUUAUUUUUUACGAAGCUGUAAGCAAAAUACUUUUUGCAUACCCUAGUUAUAUUAGUUUUUAUUUACAAAAUAUGAAAUUUGGUGUUACUUUUUAUUAAUAUUUAUAUGAAUGUUGAUAUGUAUAUAUAUAAUGUAUAUAAUGCUGAAAAACUGAAAAGUAUUGAUUGUUAAUUGUACUUUUAUUUCUUCUCUUGCAUGUCGGAUGGUAAGGAUUCUAAUGUAAUGCAAUUCCUAUAGACUAUAUUGACCUCAUAUAAAUAGAUUUAUAUGUUUUGUAACAUGUGAAAAUUUUUAUCUAGUUAUUUAAACAUGGUUGCCCAACAUAUAGAACUAAAAAUAUUUUUAAAAUUUUUGGUGAAUUUAUUAAAUAGUGCUCACAGUCAGUAUUAAACUGUGUUUUUAUAGGAAUAUCACCUUAUUUUGAAAUUUAUUUAUGUAAUGACUGAAUUAUCUGAAAAGAAAAUGAAAGUUUUUAGGUAGAAUUAGCAGUAUUGUAAGAGGCUUGUUCUUUUUAUCCAGCCUAUUGUAUAUAUAUGUAUGAAAUGUAAAAAGUUUAAUAUAGAUUUUAAAAGCAAAAAUAUUUAUCUUUAUAUGACUGCAUGAUUUUAAAAAUAUAUGAAAAAACAAACAAAUAAACAAUGUAUUUAUUUAAAUUAUCACUGAAUAAAAUUUGAUUAUUUAUUGCUAUAUUAAAAAUUGGAAUAAAUGAUUAGGUAUGCCUAUAAGAAUUUUUGGUAUUGUAGCAUUAAUUUAUUUAUGUUCCUGUCAUCUUAUUUUAUUACUUCUGCUUUGCAGCUAUUUUCUAUUAUCAUAAGUAUAAAAUUGUAUGCAUUUUUAAUUUUGCUUUAAGCAAGGUGAAAAAAAGGGGGCGGGGGUAAAAAAAGAGAUGCACAAUGAGAUUCCUAUAGUGAAAUCUAACUUGCAUUCAUUUUAUUCUCUAAAGAUAUUUGAUUUUUCCAUGAAUAGAAAAGAUGUAUUUAAUUUAUGUAAAUCAGGGCUUCUAAAGCUUUUCCUUCCAUCAAGUUUAUUUUCCCUACAAACAUAUUUUGUGAUCUUCAUCAAUGACAGAAAAGAAAAUCAAAUUUACAGAAAGAUGAAAAAGAAUAGAAUAUUAAAUUUUUAGUUUAUGAUUAAAAAACAAUAAAUUUUUAUAAUAUUUCAAUGAAAUAUUUUAAACCAAGAAAAUAUUUAAAUUAUUCCUUAUUGCUUACAUUGAAAAAAUAAUUCUGCCAAAUGUUUUUGUAAUCCCCACUUCCACCAUCAAUAUGAUCCUUCUAUAGAUUGGGACUGAUAGUUUAAGAAGUCUUGUUUAAUAAUAAUUAAUCUAGUUUAUUUUAUAGGUAAAUAUGUAUUCUUUAAAGUAUAAUUUGUUUUUACUUUUUACAUUGAAGGAUUUAGAAUCUACUCCUUUUUUUAAAAUUAAUUUUUGAAUAGUUUUAUAUCAUGUAUUUCAAAGCUUACAGUUCUUUUAUAAAGCAUGUAUGAUUUUACAAGCACUAUAUUAUUUUUUUUCUCUUUAAUUUUUUGGCAGCUGACAUUUCAUUCUCAAAAUUAAUUAUGGAGAGACAUUUUUCCUCCCUUUAAUUUAUUGAUGGCUGAUAAAGCAUUGACAUAAUAAAUCCAUCCAUAGCAUAUAUUUAUUUGAAGAUUUUUCUUAUAAAUGAAGAGCUUAUGAAUAAACAAAACAUACUUGUCUGUGUUAAAAAUUGCACUAGAUGAGUGUAUUUGCUUGAAAUUAUUGAUAUAAAAGUUUUGUUUCUUUUUGCUAGGGAAAAAUUAAAUUCUUGCAUUGGAUAUAUCUCAUUUGUAGGCUUAUAAAAUUAAAUAUUUGUAAUUCAUUUCAAUACUUAAAGAAAAAAAAAAAGGCUAUUUUUAACAAAUGCUUUUUAUUAAAUAUAGCAGAACCAGCUAUUAAUCCACCCUCCUUUUUUUAGGAAGAUGUAUUUUUAUACUUUUCUUUUCAAAAAGGAGAUAUAGAUUUCUCGACAUGAAACUAAUUUGCAGGAUACUUUAAUCCUGUUCAUUUAUUCCUGAAUUUAACUAUUAAUCAUAUCUGAUUGCUAAUAAAAGAAGAUUUAAAAAACAAACAUAUCAUAUGUAAUAACUAAAGCUCUUUUCUUGUCUUUCAAAUUUUUGAACAGAGCCUUGCUUUUUUUUUUU